UGGUGCUGGGCUGCGUUUACCCAACAGCCAGCCUGCCUGGGGAGACAAUAUUUGAAAAACAUAGUAUUGAAACUUGGAUCUGCUAAGGAUGUGGGGGGUCUGAAGGAGGUAAUUCAGCCAUCUCAUACCCUGCCCCAGGCCCACUGGCCAUCCUAGCUCCCCUUCUUCACCCUCUAGGGUCAAAACUGGAACUUUUCCUGGCAGGAAGUCCUUCUGCCUGUCUGACCUGGGUCCUUCCUGCUUUGACUUUAGUAAAGUUGAGCCCUGCUAUUCUGUACAUCUCUUUUUUUCUUGCUGAUGCUGUCCCUUCUGCUUUAGGCUGUCUGUGUGUGUCUUGCUCAUCCUCCCAGUUCUCUCCCGUGCUUCUCCACACACCAAUAAUCAGGUCCAGAUUUCCCUGCAUCCACUGGGAGGGAAACUUUGGCUAGAGCAUUCAGGGAUGAAACCCAUCUCUUCCUCCAUUGCUCAAGGUGGGAGAGAGAAAAGGAGUCCACUUUCCUGGCAGUGGGUGCAAGGGAGAGAGCCUACUGGGGAUUGGAGAGGGCUCCAAGAUCACCUGCUCAUGCUAGACCCUUUGAAUGUAAUUCAGGAUUCUAUGAGGGGUAGAAUUUAAGUCUCCAGCUGCUCCUCAUUAGCUCUGGUGAUCCCAAGCCACCCACCAUGGCCUGGUCUUGUUUGUCCGUGACACUUUCCCAGACAAAGGCAGAAGAGCAUAUAUCAGGUCUGCACACUGGAGCAUUUAUGACCCCAAGUGGGGUGUGUGAACAUGAAGACCCCGCCCCGUUUACUCUUUUUGUUCAGGUGUCCAGAGACCAAGCCUGCUUCCUGGGCCCUAGGCCCCUCCCACAAUGCUUGUCACUGGUCUCCUCCUCUGGGCUUCCCUACUGAGUGGGGUCUGGUCAGCCACCCCUACCCAAGACCACUUCCAGGCCACUCCCCGCGUCCGGCUCUCAUACAAAGAGCUAAAGGCCACAGGCACUGCCCACUUCUUCAACUUCCUGCUCAACACCACUGACUACCGAAUUCUGCUCAAGGAUGAGGACCAUGACCGCAUGUAUGUGGGCAGCAAGGACUAUGUGCUGUCCCUGGACCUACAUGACAUCAAUCGCGAACCCCUCAUUAUCCACUGGGCGGCCUCCCCUCAGCGCAUUGAAGAGUGCGUGCUCUCAGGCAAGAAUGGCAAUGGCGAGUGUGGGAACUUCGUCAGGCUCAUCCAGCCCUGGAACAGAACACACCUGUAUGUGUGCGGGACAGGAGCUUACAACCCUAUGUGCACCUAUGUGAACCGUGGCCGCCGCGCUCAGGCCUCACCAUGGACCCGAACGCAGGUGGUCAAAGGCCGCGGCAGCAGAGCCACAGACAGUGCCCUCCGCCCAACACCUGCAGCCCCACGCCAGGAUUACAUCUUCUACUUGGAGCCUGAGAGACUCGAGUCAGGAAAGGGCAAAUGUCCAUAUGAUCCCAAGCUGGACACAGCCUCAGCUCUCAUCAACGAGGAACUCUAUGCUGGUGUGUACAUCGAUUUUAUGGGCACUGAUGCAGCUAUCUUCCGCACACUUGGAAAGCAGACAGCCAUGCGCACUGAUCAGUAUAAUUCCCGGUGGCUCAAUGAUCCUGCAUUCAUCCACGCUGAGCUCAUCCCUGACAGUGCAGAACGCAAUGAUGACAAGCUCUACUUCUUCUUCCGAGAGCGGUCCGCAGAGGCACCUCAGAGUCCUGCUGUAUAUGCCCGCAUCGGGCGCAUCUGCCUGAAUGAUGACGGUGGUCACUGCUGUCUGGUCAACAAGUGGAGCACAUUCCUGAAGGCACGGCUUGUCUGCUCUGUACCAGGAGAGGAUGGCAUUGAGACUCACUUUGAUGAGCUCCAGGAUGUGUUUGUUCAGCAGACCCAGGAUGUGAGGAACCCCGUCAUUUAUGCUGUCUUUACCUCUUCAGGCUCUGUAUUUCGAGGCUCUGCCGUUUGUGUCUACUCCAUGGCUGACAUUCGCAUGGUCUUCAAUGGACCCUUUGCCCACAAGGAGGGCCCCAACUACCAAUGGAUGCCCUUCUCAGGGAAGAUGCCCUACCCCCGGCCUGGCACGUGUCCUGGCGGAACCUUCACACCAUCCAUGAAGUCCACCAAAGACUAUCCUGAUGAAGUGAUCAACUUCAUGCGUAGUCACCCACUUAUGUACCAGGCCAUAUACCCCUUGCAACGGCGGCCAUUGGUGGUCCGCACAGGUGCUCCCUACCGUCUCACUACUGUUGCUGUGGACCAGGUGGAUGCAGCUGAUGGGCGCUAUGAGGUGCUUUUCCUGGGCACAGACCGCGGGACAGUGCAGAAGGUCAUUGUGUUGCCUAAGGAUGACCAGGAGGUGGAGGAGCUCAUGCUGGAGGAGGUGGAGGUCUUCAAGGACCCAGCACCCAUUAAGACCAUGACCAUCUCUUCCAAGAGGCAACAACUAUAUGUGGCCUCAGCAGUGGGUGUCACACACCUGAGCCUGCACCGCUGCCAGGCAUAUGGGGCUGCCUGUGCUGACUGCUGCCUUGCCCGGGACCCUUACUGUGCCUGGGAUGGCCAAUCCUGCUCCCGCUAUACAGCAUCCUCCAAGAGGCGGAGCCGCCGGCAGGAUGUCCGGCAUGGGAACCCCAUCAGGCAGUGCCGUGGGUUCAACUCCAAUGCUAACAAGAAUGCUGUGGAGUCUGUGCAGUAUGGUGUGGCAGGCAGCACGGCCUUCCUUGAAUGCCAGCCUCGCUCACCCCAAGCCACUGUUAAGUGGCUGUUCCAGCGAGAUCCUGGUGACCGGCGCCGAGAGAUCCGUGCAGAGGACCGCUUCCUGCGUACAGAGCAGGGCUUGUUGCUUCGCGCCCUGCAGCUCGGUGAUCGUGGCCUCUACUCCUGCACGGCCACUGAGAACAACUUCAAGCACAUCGUCACGCGGGUGCAGCUGCAUGUACUGGGCCGGGAUGCCGUCCAUGCUGCCCUCUUCCCCCCACUGCCUGUGAGCGCCCCACCACCCCCUGGCACAGGCCCCCCCACACCUCCUUACCAGGAGCUGGCCCAGCUGCUCGCCCAGCCAGAAGUGGGCCUCAUCCACCAGUACUGCCAGGGUUACUGGCGUCAUGUGCCCCCAAGCCCCAGGGAGGCUCCAGAGGUGCCCAGGCCUCCUGAGCCUCAGGACCAGAAAAAGCCCCGGAAUCGCCGGCACCACCCUCCGGACACAUGAGGCCAGCUGCCUGAGCCCUGUGUGGGGCCAGCCUAGCCCUCAUUCCUUUUAAUAUAAAAGAUAUAUAUAUAUAUAUAAAAAAAUAUCUAUAUUCUAUACACACCCUGCCCCUGCAAAGACAGUAUUUAUUGGUGGGUUGUACAUAGCCUGCCUCAGCAGCAGCUUCAUCCAGAACUUAGACCCAUGCUGGUCAGAAAUGGCAGAAAACUGAGCCCACCUAAUCAGGCCCAGUGAGUUGGCAGGGCCAGGCCAGGACCACACAGUCCCCAGACUCAUCUGGAAGUCUGCUUGUUUGAAGGCCGCCAAGAUCUACAGAACACAGGAAAGGAGCAAGCCCUACUUGAAGGGCCACGGACCAUACAUCUUUGCCAAUGUGUGCUGUCAAUUGUGCUGUGGUGUAGGCACGAAUGCUAGGACUGCUUUGGAGUCUGGGUGUGGGGGCUCAGGGCACUCAGAAGGGAAGAAGGGGUCAUCACAGGAUGCUGGCCCUUGCCUGGUUGGGGGCACUUAGUCGAGGCCAGCCCUUCCCAGGUAUUUAUUCUCUAUUUAUUGGGGGCAGGAGGAGUCCUACCAGGGUGGGGCAGGAUCUUCAGCCCCUUCUCCCCUCCCUGCCUGGACAGCAGUGCUGCCCCAUUCUACCUCCUUAGCUUUUCCUAUGCUACCUUGACUUGGAGGCUGGGAAAACAGCAAUGGGGCCAGGUUCAGGCAGGGCUGAAGGGAGUCCCAAGUCGUGAGGGGAGAGGGGCCAUUGUGGAGGCCCGGGGCUUGUAGGGGCUCCCCAGGGCCCCCUUCUGCCCACCACUUAAGGCAGUGGGUGUAAAUAGCUCUGGGGGCAGUUGGGUAGGUGGGUGGGGGCUCCUGGCAGCCCUCUGCUGCCCAGAUCACAGUCACCCUUGGGUUCCAUCUUGUUAAUAAACACUGGCUCUGGGACUAGA